GGGAGGUUUUCCAGGAUCAUCCAGGGAUCGUCUCCAGCCUUUCCUGGAGGGAAAGGGAAAAGGGAAAGGCUGGAUGGGGUUUUCCUGGUGAUCUUUCCUUUGUGGUUCCUGAUUUGUCCGGUGGCCUCGGGGGUUUCUGGGGUCUCCUCCAGGCCUGGCCUGGGUGCCAAGGCUGUUCCUGAGGUCUGGGGAAAAAUCCAAAGGGUAUUUUUUGGGGAGGAACGGGAUAAGGAGGUGCUGGGAGCUGGGAUGUGGAGCCAAGCCUUUGCCCCUGCUCUACCGUUUUCCACAGGGAUCGGAGUGGGCCUGGUCGGCUUCGGCCUCUUCUUCCUCCUCUUUGGGAUCCUCCUGUACUUCGACUCGGUGCUCAUGGCUUUUGGGAACCUCCUCUUCCUCUCCGGCUUGGUCUUCAUCAUCGGCUUCCGGAGGACCUUCACCUUCUUCUUCCAGCGGUCCAAGCUGAAGGGCACCAGCUUCUUCUUCGGGGGGCUCAUCGUGGUCCUCAUGCGGUGGCCGAUCCUGGGGAUGCUGCUGGAGGCCUACGGAUUCAUCUCCCUCUUCAGGAGCUUCUUCCCGGUGGCUUUCGGGUUCUUGGGCUCGCUGGCAAACAUCCCCCUGCUGAGCCAGCUCCUGCAGAAAAUGGGGGACAGCGGCUCCAUGGUGUGACCUGGCCAGCCCUGGGCCGAGCGGCUGCGAUGGGAUGGGCUGAGAGAGCCCCAGGUCGGGCUGUCCCCAAGAGCUGGUGACUCUCUUGUCCCCAAGACCCUCAGUGCUGGCCAGAGCCACCCCCCAGCAGGGACGGUGUCCCCUCCCUGUCCCAUGGAGCUCCUGAGCCAGGCUCCAAGGUCUGAGGGCUGUACCAGGCUGGAUUCUGGAAUUCUUGCACUUAUUUAAUAUUUUUUUCUGUGAAAGAUUUAAUUUAAUAAAAAAAAAAAAAAAUUCCGAGAGCGA